AUGGAUCCUAUAGGGGAUCAUGACUCGCCAACACCCUCAUCGCCCUCGCUGACUCAUUCGCUCUCGCGCCAAGGCUCAGAGGACUCAUCUUGGCCUCGCUCGCCCAAUGUAGCACCUCAGAAUCAGUCAACGCUGGAUGAGCAAGAUGAUGAGAUGAUGGCGAUCGCCGCCUCCGAGCUCCAGGGCGACAAACCUCAGACGAAUGCCUACCUUGCUAACACUGCCGAUGAGGAGGAGGACUACGCCAAGUACCUCAACCUUGACCUGGCCAUGACGAGCCCGAUGCCCUUGUCAGCGUCCUCGCUCGUUCCCCCUCGAUCGGCUACGCCCAAUGCGAUGUCUAAUCUGCUCAAAUACUACAUGGAGGGUACAGGCAAGGGAGUGCCCGUCAACACCGACGCAUACUCUCCUGCCGAUCUGCAACGUAUCCAUGCUUUGGCUCAGGAGACUACCUCGCGCUUUGCCCUGCUCGAACAAGCCUCGCGCAACACAUCAUCCGAAGAUGCCUCGUCGGACGAAUAUCCUUUCUCCACUGGCGCACUCAACGCUAUCCAAAGUCAGACAGACAGUCUCAUGACUGAGCUUUCUGCUGCGUCGAGCGCAACGAUCGACCCUACGCUCGUCUCUGACGCUAUCCAUCCCGACAUGAUGGAGCAAGGAUCCACAUCAGCUGUCAUCAAGUCCGAGGAGACUGAGCCACUCGCUAUGCCAGCACGCACGCGCACCACAGCGCGCCGAAAUGCACGGUCUGCGAGUGUCAGAGAAGCAUCAGAGUCGCCCGCUCCACCGAGGUCAUCAAGCCGACCCAGACGUGCUAAUGGCGCACCCGUGCCAGGCUCGGUCGCUGCUCUCACCAUCCCUGCCAGCAAACCUACUCCGCCCAUCGUACUACCUGCCAAGCGUACUGCCGCUUCGACUUCGGGCUCUACGGGUCACCUGCCCCAUAUCGUGAUCCCUGCGCCCGACUAUGUUGACAAACCGUCAGCGGAAGAAUAUCAGCAGCUCAAUUCAAAGGAGAAGCGUCAGAUGCGGAAUAAAAUCUCUGCUCGUAAUUUCCGUCAUCGCAGGAAAGAGUACAUCACUCAGCUCGAAGAAGAGAUUGCCGAUCGGGACGAGAUCAUCAGUGAUCUUCAAGCAGAGAUGUCUGGUCUCAAAUUGGCCAACACAGAGCUCAAGUCUGAAGUCGGCAUGUUGAAGGACAAGUGGGACAGCGUCCUGACCAGAUUGGCCCAAGGCGGCUUUGCACAAGCUGCAACCUCCACAUCCGGCUCGUCUGCUUCAGCAACGGUGUCUGCUUCGACAAGCCCGUCAUCAGUAGCGUCCUCGGACUACGCCUCUGUCAAAGCGGAGCAUAACUUCACGGCUUCUGCGCGCCCUGAGGAAUCUAUUGACUCCUCAACGCAAAUGAACGCUCAGCCAGAAACACCGCAAGCAUCUACGUCCGCGAAUGCAGCAGCUCGGCGGCCGCAACGGAUUGCCAAGCCAAACCUGUCAAAGGAUCUCUCGCAUGCAGGUUCAGCAUGGGGUCCAGGCGGCUUUGCGCCAUUCCACAGCAAUCUCAACGUUCAUCGUACCAUGCUGCCAACGCUGGAUCUGAGCACGCGACUGUCUGGCAAGCUUUCAGAAUGGAACAGCAAUCUCAAGCUGCCUUCUGCCGAUGCCGAUUCUCUAUAUGCUGACAAGCCAGCGCAAGAAAACAUGAACCCCGCGCUGAAUGGCAAAUCUCGCGAAGACUUUGCUGCGUUCACGCAGCAUUUGCGCUCGCUGCCCGGCGCGGGCCGAUAUGAUACUCGAGCAGACUUCAUGGCUGGCAAUCCUCUCCAUCUCGAUCCUUUGAGACUCAAGGAAUAUCGCUCACAGCUCUACGGCAAAGUCUCGAAUAACGCAUCAGGCUUGCUUGCAUCGCCUCUGCCUGCCGGUCUCAAACCAGCUUAUCUCACUGGCUCUAGCGCAGCAUUGCUAGACGAAGUCAGCAAGCCGACCAAAGAAGAUCCCCAAGACGUCGCUCGCGUAGCUGGUCUAGCGAAGUGCGCUCUGGUCAAUAGACUCGGCAUGGCUUUCUGCGAUGCUUUCAAGGGUCCUGCAGCGGGCGAGAAACUCGCGAGCGUGCUCUCUGGCAAAGCCAAGCUCAUCGUUGCACCGACCGAUCCUGCGGAUGCUCUUAACGAUCGGCUCAAUGGCCUCAGUCUCACGAGCAAUGCCAAUACUUCCAGGCCAGGCUCGCCAUCUGGCGUGUGCUCCUUCCAAGCGAUGCAGGGGAUGUGGCAGAAAUGA